AUGCCGAGAGUCACGCCGGGAGCUCCUCAUCAGGUUCACCGAGCUGACCAGAAGCAUUCGGCUCCUGGGCGGGUGUUCCAGAGGCCUGGACGCUCGAGAAAAGUCAUCGCUGCCUUGCAGCUGCUCCACAGCGACAAGGCUUGCUACUGUCUCGAGUGGGAGAUUGAGGCUGUCGCCUUCAAAAUCCAGACCAAUGUUAGUCAGGGCCGUGCGACAGUCCCCACACUAUUCACAGUCUGCCUGACGACUUAUCAAACUGCAGGCAUCAUGAAUCCGGGGAACCCCUACAUCCUCAACGCAAGAUCCCCGGGAGCCACAGCUAUGCCGUAUCUCAAUCCGGGGAUGAGCCACCACCCGCUGUCGGCGAUGGGAGCCAGCCCAGGGGCCCUGAGCGGCAGCAUGGGCUCGGACAUGGCUGUGGUGGGGUCCCCGUCGUGCCCGGGCAUGGGGCAGUUCGGAGGCCAGGGUGGCCUCAUGACGGACAUCGCCCCCUACUGCGACAGGAACCCCGUCCUCAACCCGAGCUACGGGCAGGGGGCCCUGGACCUGCCCGGAGACGCCAAGGCCUACAGACGGAGCUACACGCACGCCAAGCCUCCCUACUCCUACAUCUCGCUGAUCACCAUGGCCAUCCAGCAGUCGGUGCACAAGAUGCUGACGCUGAAUGAGAUCUACCAGUGGAUCAUGGACUUCUUCCCGUAUUACCGGCAAAACCAGCAACGCUGGCAGAAUUCCAUCCGCCACUCCCUCUCCUUCAACGACUGCUUCAUCAAGAUGCCCAGGGCCCCCGAGAAGCCGGGGAAAGGCUCCUACUGGGCCCUGCACCCGGACUCGGGGAACAUGUUCGAGAACGGCUGCUACCUGAGGAGGCAGAAGCGCUUCAAGUGCGAGAAGAAGGGCGCGGCGGCCGCCCCGCCGAAGGACAGCGCGGGGCCUUGUCACGGGAGCCCCGGAGCGAGCGACAAGUCCCCGGCCCGCGGCGCGGAGACCGACUCCUCCCUCGACUCCCCCAGGGAGCAGGGGAGGCCCCUCUACCCGCAGCUGGGAGGGUCGUCCCCCGGAGGCAGCCCAGGGUGCUCGCUGGAGCAGGAGGGCCCGCCCGAUGCCAAGGCCAACUCCCUGGCAGCCUCUCAGCCGUCGUUCCUCUCCCAACUGGCUUCCGACAUCUACCUCAAGCCGGACCCUCACUUCCCCUCCAGCCACCCCUUCUCCAUCACCAACCUCAUGGUGUCCGAGCAUCAGCAUAACAGGAUGGACUUCAAAGCCCACGAGCAGAUGAUGUCUUAUUCGGGCUAUGGGUCUUCGGUGAGCAGCAAUCUAACAAUGAGCUCCAUGUUCCCCAAAACCGCCGGCGACCUCCCGUCCAUCUCCAACGACUCAGCCCACUACCAGUCGCUCUGCUCCCGGCCCAUCCUGAGCUCCAUCUGA